AUGUCUGCCUCGGAGGAGCUCUCGAAUACCAUGGCAGUGAUGACCCCGGAAGAGCGCUUGGCGACGGUGUUGAGCAUCGCGGAAGAGUGCAUCGGGGAGGACGAGCUGCUACCCCUGCUGCAUGUCAAGCACAACCCGGUAUGCUAUGUUGACUUCGAGCCCUCUUGCCGCGUGCACAUCGCCCAGGGUGUUGGGAAAGCGAUAAAUGUAAAUAGAAUGGUCAGAGCUGGAUGUAAAGUGAAGAUUUUGGUAGCGGUCCAGAAGACGGCAAAGGAUUUGGACAAGGUUAGAACAAUCAGUCGCUACAUGAUUGAGAUUUGGGAAUCUCUUGGCAUGAACAUAGACAAGGUGGAAUUUAUAUGGUCCCCUGAACAAAUCAACAACCGUGCACAAGAGUAUUGGCCACUUGUAAUGGACAUUGCGCGGAGAAAUAAAGUUGAAAGAUUAAUGAGAUUGCAACUUAACCCGGCUCACGUGAGUGCUACCAAGCUCUUAGACCCCAUCAUGCGGUGUGCUGACAUACUCUUUACGGAGGUAGACAUAUGCCUGGUGGGCAUAGAUCAAAGAGAGGAGAAUAUCAUGGCUAGGGAAUAUUGUGAAUGCAUGGGAAAGAAUAAACCAAUUAUAUUGCUACAUCACAUGCUAACUAGUUUCAAAGAAGGCCAAAAGAUGUCAAAGAGUAAUCCAUCCUUGGAUAUAUUUAUGGAUGAUAGCGAGGGUUUGGUGAAGUUGAAGAUAAAUAAAGCUUUCUGCCCUAUCAAAAUUGUUGAAGGAAAUAUAUGCUUGGAGUACAUUGAACACAUUGUUUUCCCUAGUCUUGAAAAGUUUGAGAUAGUUCGGCAUGAAAGUCAUGGUGGUAGCAGAACUUACCUUGGAAUGGAAGAAUUCGUUGCGGAUUAUCAUAGUGGUGCUUUGCAUCCUCGUGAUGUGAAAAAUUCUCUUGCAAAAGCAAUAAAUGACAUAUUGCAGCCUGUUCGUGACCACUUCAACAAAAACAAUGAAGCCAAAGUUUUGCAUAAUAUCGUUAAGGAGUACCUAGCAACUAAUCCAGCUUAA